AAAUCAUAUCCGCCCUUUCCCUACCCCGCCCGGCCCGAGUGCCCCCGUGGGUAGGCCCGCUGGAGGAACACGUCAUCCACACCCCCCCUCCGCCGUCUGGGACCCCGCUCUCGCCUCCCCAAACCUGGCGCCUCGUGGGACGGUCCUUUACGCCCCGGAACCGUACCCUAGACAGGGGGCCUCGCUGUGUCCACGCUCCUGUGACAGGCUCCUGGCACCCCUUCUUCCAAAAGCCCACCCACCCACCUUCGCGGUGCCAGCUCCCCUACCCCCACAACCCAGUCACCCCUACGUCCACUCCCGAGAUCGCCAGCCCUCUCCCCAGUUCGAACGCCCCGUCCUCGGUGACCCAAGACCCCUUAGGUGACGACCACCCCGUGCCUCCGAGGCCCGCCCUGGAGCCGGAGACCCCGCCCCGGGCUCGCCAUCUGGAGGGCGACGGAGGAAGGAAGGAUACGGACCCAGGCGUUCACCCCACCUCCACCCCCCGCCCCCGACAUCCCGGCCAGAUAAAGGAGCCGAGGCCAAAAGGGGAGCGCGGCCCCACCCCCCGGAGAAGAGGAGCGGCAGCCCCUGCAGGACGGGGGCCUGGCCGCGAUGGGAUCCGCCGCGGCCCCGGAGCGGGCGCUGGGCUACGUCCGCGAGUUCACGCGCCACUCCUCCGACGUGCUCGGCAACCUCAACGAGCUGCGCCUGCGCGGGAUCCUCACCGACGUCACGCUGCUGGUUGGCGGGCAACCCCUUCGAGCCCACAAGGCGGUGCUCAUCGCCUGCAGCGGCUUCUUCUACUCAAUCUUCCGAGGCCGUGCAGGAGUCGGGGUGGAUGUGCUCUCCCUGCCCGGGGGCCCCGAAGCCGGAGGCUUCGCUCCUCUUCUGGACUUUAUGUACACGUCGCGCCUGCGCCUCUCUCCGGCCACCGCACCAGCCGUUCUCGCGGCUGCCACCUAUUUGCAGAUGGAUCAUGUGGUCCAGGCGUGCCACCGCUUCAUUCAGGCCAGCUACGAACCUCUGGGCAUCUCCCUGCGGCCCCUGGAGGCAGAGCCCCCCACGCCCCCAACGGCCCGUCCACCAGGCAGUCCCAGGUGCUCCGAAGGGCACCCAGACCCACCUACUGAGUCUCGCAGCUGCAGUCAAGGCCUCCCCAGUCCAGGCAGCCCCGACCCCAAGGCCUGCAACUGGAAAAAAUACAAGUUCAUCGUGCUAAACUCUCAGGCCUCCCAAGCAGGGAGCCUGGUUGGGGAGAGGAGUUCUGGUCAACUUUGCCCCCAAGCUGGGCUCCCCAGUGGAGAUGAGGCUUCCAGCAGCAGCAGUGGCAGCGAAGAAGGACCCAUUCCCGGUCCCCAGAGCAGGCUCUCUCCAACUGCUGUACAGUUCAAAUGUGGGGCUCCAGCCAAUCCCCCCCAUCUCACACCCCGGGCCCAAGAAGCCACUGCAUCAUCUCCCUGCGGGCGGUCUCGUCCACCACCAGGAAGUGAAUUUUUCAGCUGCCAGAACUGUGAAGCUGUGGCUGGGUGCUCAUCGGGGCUGGACCCCCUGGCUCCUGGGGAUGAGGACAAGCCCUACAAGUGUCAGCUCUGCCGGUCUGCCUUCCGCUACAAGGGCAACCUGGCCAGUCACCGCACGGUGCACACAGGUAGCACAUCUGCGCGCGCACGUGCUGAUCCACACCGGGGAGAAGCCCUAUCCUUGCCCCACGUGCGGGACUCGCUUCCGGCACCUACAGACCCUCAAAAGCCACGUUCGCAUCCACACGGGGGAGAAGCCUUACCACUGCGACCCCUGUGGCCUGCAUUUCCGGCACAAGAGUCAACUGCGGCUGCAUCUGCGCCAGAAACACGGAGCUGCUACCAACACCAAAGUGCACUACCACAUUCUGGGGGGGCCCUAGCCGAGCAACAGCCCGGCCCCAGUCACUUUCUGGAAGCCAGGGAAGCUGCUGGCCCACCCCUGGCUUCUCUGUCAGAUUUGGGCAUGGAGGUGUGCAAGGCCCCUCCGUUCUCAGAAACUGCCUCCACCUUCAUUUCUCACUGGGGAGAGCAGGGGUGGCAGAUCAGGAUUCGAUCUGCCUCUGUUUUGCUGGUCAAAACCUCUUCCCCACAAUCAAUUGUUUCUGAGGAGAGAGCAAGCUAGGAACUGGGGAGGGAAAAGGCUGGAGGCCUGGUUUUCGUAAGGGAACAGUCCUCUACCUGCAAUCCCCAUCUCAUUCAGUUUAUCUGUAAAUAUAAUUUAUUGAGGCCUUUGGGUGGCACCCGGGCCUUCAUUCUAUUGCAUUUCCUAGCUCCCUCUUCCUAGUGUGAUCGGUGACCUGAGACACAGAAUGUGAGGUCACAGCUCUGCUGGCAGAGAUUAGCACUUGGCUUGAGUGUUUUAUGUUAUUGUUGCCAUAACUUCUAACUUUAGAAUUGCUCUUUCUCCUAUUUUUUUGCUUGUUGGUUUGUUUAAAAUGGAGAAAGGGGUUCUCUGUGUCCUGCCCCUCCGAUUCUAGGUCUGGAACCUCUAUUUGUCCGAGGGCAGCUCUGGGAACAUGUGGGUUUGUGGAACUGGGUCAGGAACCCUCUCUGGAUUCUGGAUAUUCUAGGUUCUCUAGCAGGCUAGAACUGGAUAGACGUUUCUCUGUUCUGCAAGGGCUAUGGGACCUUUAAGGUGAGCCUGAAAUGCAGGUAAUAAAUGCCUCCUGAGGGCUGUGGGUGUGGGGCUUUGUCAGUCUUGGAACUGGGGGGAUGGUUGGAGAGGCUUUUUCUUAGACACCUAACUGUCCCAUUCACCUGCUCCCCUAGGUUUGCUUCGGCUGUGUCUGUCAUGAUGGAGCUCACAACCCUCCCACUAGGGCCUGUUGUCAGCACUGAGUUCUGAAAUUCCUCAUUAGAGAUGAUGCCGCCUUUUCUGACUCUGCCCCACCUCUAAGAAUGUUAUGACCUACGGGAGAGUUAUGAAACUCUUCAUCUUAAACUCUUUAUCUUGACCAGUCCUUUGAUGCAAAGGCAUCUGGGCUUGAAUGUCUCUUGGGGUUCUCUCUACCUGAGACAAACUCCUUCUUCUCUCAGUGGGUUUUUGGACAUGUUCUGGCAAAUGUCCAGAUUCCAGAAACUUCUUUGCCUCUAGAAGCCACAGGUGCUUGGUAACUUUCUUAUCUUAGAAAAGCUGGGUCUGUGACCUGGUCUUCCCAUCACUGUAUUCCUGUCCGGAACAGUGAAUGCACUAGGACCUUCCACAGGGAGAGUAAAGGGGCUGAGUUCCAUUUGGAGUUUGAUAUAGUUUGGGAUUAUGAUUGGGAUUACUGUUGGGGUUAGAGGUUUAGAAGAUUUAAAAGAUUGACUGACUGACUGAUGGACCUUCUAGUGGACCAAGUAUCCAGGUAGAAUUUAGAGGCUGGUUGAGGGGUACAGUUUCUGGUGUAGGUCAAGGAGGUAGAAAGUUAGGAAUGGGGGUGCCUCUUAACUGGACAGAAGGUCUGGAAUGUUAGACGAUGCUCUGAAGCCUUGACUUACAGUCCCACCCCUUUUGCCAUGGAGCCUAUUUGGUUAUGGAGCAUGGGGAAGAGAGGAAGAAGAGCUUUGAAUUUGUGGGGUAGAGCUUCCCCAAGAUAGGUCAGUACUAGUGGUUGUCAUUUGGAAACUGGUGAGAAAGCUACUCUUUACCCUCUUACUCCCCACUGCAGACUUGCAGGAAGAGAGCGGAAGAGAGAUGCGAGGAGGAACCAUGGUUUUUAUUUUAUUUUAUUUUAUUUUUUAGCAGUCUGGAUGGGCAGGUGGAGAGUGCCUAGGGGUGGAGAUGUUAGAUCUUGCAAGAUCAGAAUCAUGGAAUAAAGAAGCCUCUCUGUGCUGC